UCAAUUGCGGGCACAGACACAACGGCCGGAGGGUGGCAGUACAGCUUGGGGGCCAAUAAGGUACAAUGCGAAGAACCGAUCCGAUCCGUCAACCCCGUCACGUUGGUUGUUUGAUGAUGACGCACUGAUGCAUAUUGGCCCCAUAAACGCGUCGCGUUAAUCAAGUGUGCGUGCGUGCGUUACCCGUGACCUUCCUGCGGGUGGCGUUCCGGGCGACUCGUGGAAUUCUAGGCCAACUGACACCACUGCCACUACCGGGGCGAGGUCACAGCAACACGCGUCGCCAAAUCGAUCAUGUGCCAAUGCGGGGAAGGAGAGAGCAACAAACCCGGCCUGGCUUGGACCCGCACAUUUGUAGUCUCGCCGGAAGUAAACAAAGGAAUACCGGAACAUCCGAGAUGAACGCCGCCACCAUUUUGAGGACAUUUAAAAAGAAAAACGGCCAAUUAAAAGUAACGCCCGCUAGUGAUGACAGUACUAACAACACAGCGCGCUAAUCAUGUGUACCGCUUUUGGGGCCAUAAAUUCAAGGAGAGCUGGGAAACGCCGGAAAACGGGAUCCGCCGAAUGGGUUGAUAUCGCUCCGCUACUGCCGCUACUGCUUGCUUCCGAACGUCAUGUAUUUCGGUGUGGUGCGCGGUUUGAUAAUGAACCACCCUUUUCGCACGGGCGCACCGGCGUCGUCGGGCGGCGGAGACGUGUGCGGUACAUGUAUCGUAAAACAAUAUAAAUAUAAUACAAAAGCGUAACACCCCGACUGCGUUCCGUCAUUGCGUGCGUGUCGAUCGAAUCGGAAGGUGGGACUCCGAUUGAAGAGUGUGUUGCAGCAGGUUGUUGGCUCGCUUUCCUAUCACGUUCCAGUGUGCCUAAAACGAAAAACAAACGGACAAACGGUCAGUGCAGUAUGACUUCGUUGGGAUGUCUAAGUGCUUGGGUGGUUCUGCUUACCGUUGGAUGUUCCAUAACGCAUGCGGAUGACUCGAAGAUCGUCGGCGGCACUACCGCGAACGAGCGGAUUCCGUACCAAAUUUCGCUGCAAGUGCUGGUCAGCUCGUUCUUCGGGUUUGGACCGAAGCGCUGGAUGCACAACUGUGGCGGCUCGAUCGUGAACGAGUACUACGUGGUGACGGCGGCCCAUUGUCUGGACGGGAUGGACAUUAACCGGAUGUCGAUCGUGGCCGGCACGAACGAUCUGCGGAACGAAAGUUCGAAGGGCACACGGUACUUUCUCGAGUCGUACCUCAUCCAUCCGGACUACAUCGAGCUGAACCGGAGCGAUAUUGGGGUGAUGCGCGUGAAGGAACCGUUCGCGUUCAGCGAGAACGUGCAACCGAUUCGCUACUCGUCCGAUUUUGUGGGCGGUGGUGUGAUGUGUCUGCUGACCGGCUGGGGCUACACGAUGCCGAUCCGUAUCGGAUCGACGCCCAAGGAUCUGCAGGAAGCGGAACUGACGACGAUCACGAACGAGCAGUGCCGGGAGCGUGGUAUGCCCGUUAACCCGACCGAGAUCUGUACCUUUACCCGCGUUGGGCAGGGUGCUUGUGGGGGUGAUUCCGGUGGUCCGCUGGUGUGCAACAAUCAGCUGUCUGGCGUCGUGUCGUACGGUACGCGGUACUGUGGUAUCGGUGUUCCGGAUGUCUACACGCGCGUUUCGGAGUUUGAUUCGUGGAUCCAGGAAAACACGCAAGACAGUGGAAGCAGUGGAGGUGGUGGCAACAGCAGUACAUCACCGGCUGAAGAGCCACAGCCAGCUUGAGGUCGAUCGCCGUACGUCUGCUGAUAUAUCCGUCCGUGAAGUGAUGAUCUGCCAAACACUCACCAAACCCUUCCAAAAAAA